AGCUCUGGAAUUCCAGUGCUGACGGGUCUUCAGCACUCGAACAAAGCCGUUCCGCACUGGAAUUCCUGUGCGGAAGUUUCUUCCGUACUGGGCCCCGAGUGCCGACGCCAGUUUCUCCACGAAUUCCGCACUGGGCGCCCAGUGCGGAACCCGUGACUUCGGUAUACUUGCCAAAAAAUUGAACAACAAAACACUUCAGAUUCAGAAGAAGACUUCAGGUCAGUUCCUCCUCAGAGAGGUGACACCAAGAAGGUUAUUCUUCUUGGUGACACCAAGAUUUCAACAAAGGCCUGUCCAGCAUGACAGAGCGGAGCUGUCGACCUGAAGACCUGUGUCCCCCAAGAUGUCAUGGCUGCCAGGCAGACAGAAGAACAGGUCUGGACUCACAGUGAUGUUGACAUGAUGGGGCCUAAGGACAUGCUGCUCCACUGUGCCAGGAAUGGGAAGAUUGAGUUGGUGGAAGAUCUGCUGAAGAGUAGAUAUGAAGGGAAGCUGCAGCUGGAUCUCAACUGCAAAGGUGACACAAAGUCCAACAAAGGUUGGAGCCCUCUGCACCUGGCAUCAUAUUUUGGCCACCUUCCAGUUGUUCGUGCAUUACUUAUGCAUGGUGCAGAUGUGGAUAUUGUGAAUGACCUUGGGGACACUCCGCUGCAUAAAGCUGCAUUAACUGGGAGGACAGAUAUGGUCACCCUUUUACUUCAGUACAAUGCAGAUGUGAAUGUAAUCAAUGGUGAGGGACACACACCAAAACAGAUGAGCCAUGCUGCUGAGGUUAAGAGGCUGAUCGAAGCUGCUGAAAACUCCCAGCAGCUGCAAGUGGAGGCGCAGCUGCUGUCAGCCGCCCGGGAGGGGCACCUGGAGCAGCUGGCUCACCUGCUAACAGGUACAAGAUCCCUGAAUAUCAACUGUACUGAUAUCAGUGGCAACACACCGCUGCACUGUGCUGCCUACAGGAACCAGAAGGAAGCAGCAGUUAUAUUAUUACAGCAUGGAGCAGAUCCUACUCUACGGAACAGUGGGGAUCAAACUCCACUGGACCUCGUGAGGACUGCCCAGAUGAGACAACUGUUGGAUGUUAAGCCUAUCAAAGACAUACAGAAGCAUGUCCAGAGGUUUGAGGGACUCUUGCUCAGGAGAUCCCGAUUUCUUGGCUGGAGAAGUUGUUGGGUAGUCCUUGAGAGGGGAGUUCUGUCAUAUUUUAGGAAAAGGGCUGAUGCUGCCAGUGGUGUGAAGAGGACAGGCUUCAAAUAUCUGAAUGAAGCUGUUGUCACGGAAAUUGAUACAGAUGAAAAUGAGUUCAGGUUGAAGUUCUUUGACAGCACAUUGCACCACUACAGUGUACCUCCGGAGACAUCGACACAGAUCUGCAGACAGAGGUGGGUGAACGCCCUUCAUGACCACAUCACAUUUAGUAACCAUUACACCCAGCAGCCCCAGAUGAGUGAUGAUGAUGAUGAAUUGAACACCCAGCCACUUGGGAACAUGGAGAAUGCACUACAGACGGCUCAUGCUCAUCAGCAGAUCCUGGAGAAGCAGAUUUCAGACAUGACGGCAGUACUGGAAGGGGUGGAUAUCAACAUGCAAGGACCAGUCACACAGAAGCUGAACCAGCUCAGAACCACCUCCCGAGACAUGUACACAGCCAUGACGCACUGUCUGUCACUUCUCACACAACAGGAAGAGGUACGGAAGGUUCGUCUGCAGCAGGAGAUAGAAAAAUCCCGUGUUCUACAAGACGCCCUACACGUCCUAGCCACCGAACACCAUCAGCUGGAGAGCAGCCUGUCCAGCACCUCCCGGCCCCGCCAGCUCCCAGCAUCCUUCUGUGAUGCUAGUGAUGAUGAAUUCUACGAUGCAUUCUCAGGAUCAGGAGGGUCGCCCAGGUCCUUUGUCAGCCUAGAGGAAGACAACAGUCCUACAAGUAGUAGUCCACAGUAUGGGACAUGCAGACAUACUUGCAAACAAGAACAACAAAAACUAGACAGUGCUGCACAGAUUGUAGAGAUGUCAGCCAGUGCAUCCACAACCUACAGGAACUGCCUCCCAGCUCCUGCAUUUGACAAAGAUGACUUCAGUGUGUGGACCAUUCUGAAGCAAUGCAUUGGCAAGGAGCUGUCCAAGAUUACCAUGCCUGUGGUGUUCAAUGAGCCCCUGAGCUUCCUGCAGAGGUUAUGUGAGUACAUGGACUACUCCUACCUGUUGGAUAAGGCCAGUGCCAGUGAGGACUCUCUGGUCAGAUUGCAGUAUGUGACAGCUUUUGCAGUGUCUGCAUGUUCCUCCAAUGAACACAGACUAAGUAAACCAUUCAAUCCCCUGCUGGGAGAAACAUAUGAACUUGACAGACCAGACCUAGGAUUCAGAAUAGUUGCAGAACAGGUCAGCCACCACCCUCCCAUCAGUGCCUUCUAUGCAGAGGGCAAACAAUGGCUGUUCCAUGGCUCUGUUCAUCCCAAACUCAAGUUCUGGGGAAAAAGUGUCGAGAUCCAACCCAAAGGAAUGAUCACAGUAGAGUUACCAAGCCACGGUGAGGUCUACACCUGGCAGAAUGUCAACAGUUGUGUUCACAACAUCAUCGUGGGCAAGCUGUGGAUAGAACAGUAUGGAGAAAUGGAGGUGAAGAAUCACAACACUGCUGAAAGAGUCAUUCUGAACUUCCGCCCCAGUGGAUGGUUUGGCAAGGAACUGCACAAAAUAGAUGGCUAUGUUUAUGACAAAGAAAAGAACAAGAGAAGAGGUCUGUAUGGCAGGUGGACAGAGAACAUGUACAGUGUGGAUGUGGAGCUGUUUGAGGAUAUGAAGAGGAAAGCAAAGGAGAAGAAGAAGGGUAAAAAGGAAACUUCGCCAUCUCCAACCAAGCUAUUCAGAAGGAAUGGUACUUCCAGCAAUCCACCUCAGGACAGUGCAGAUGGAGCAGUGGGAGAAGAAGAGGUGAGACUCCCAGUGUCUCCCUCUGAAGAGGCUGACCAGCACAGUCCUGAUGAGGAGAACAUGAAAGAGAUGCUGGACCAUCCUGACUCCAGCCAACUGUGGCAGGUGGUACCUCGCCCUGACCACUCAAAACAGGCACAGACUAAUGAAAACUGUCUACUUUGGUGGGCUGAAACCAAAAGUCAGCAUGCUUCAAAGUACUUCCACUUUACCAACUUUGCCAUGACCCUGAAUGAACUGUUGGAGGGGAUGGAUGAACAACUCCCAUCCACAGACUGUAGGUUUCGUCCUGACAUCAGGCUGCUGGAAUCAGGAGACUUAGAUAAAGCAGCCCAGGAGAAAAAUAGACUGGAAGAGAAGCAGAGAGCAGCCAGGAAACUCCGCAUCAAACAGAAGCAACAGUGGACACCUAGAUGGUUCCAUCAGGGUACCCACCCUGGGACCAGGGAGACAGACUGGACCUACUCUGGAGGGUACUGGGAAAGGGACUAUAGAUCUAAGGACUUACCAGACAUCUUCUGAUAGGAGAAGAAACCACUAUAGAAGUGUGGUGAACUUCACAGCAAGAUGAGACACUGCAGAUUGAAGCUCCAUGCAGCUGAACACAUUAUUGUAGUGAGUUAACAGCAAAGAUGAAAAUCUUGUCAUUGAAUGGUGGAAGGUUUCCAGAGGGAAGAUAUAGAACUCAUGGAUAGGUAUAGAACUACAGUUGACUGUAUGUAUUUAUGCCUAAAAGCAUUUACUCAAGCAACUGGAUAUGAUUUUGGAAACUUCAUUUCAUAUUUCAAAAUUUCAUAUCCAGUUGCUUGAGUAACUGCUUUAACCUGAAUGUCUAACCUUCAGCGAUGUAACUAAGUAUCUACAUGCAGGCUUUGAUACCAUCCAAGAAAGCAUUAUUGCAGUUAGUCAGCAGCCAUGAGUCAUUGCACUUUGUCAUACACUAGGGGUGGGGACCGAACAUCUUUCCGGUACAAAAUUGGUUUGUCUUAAUCGACUGGUCUGAAAAAAACGGACAUGAAAAAAAUUAGUGGACCAAAUCUAGGACCAAUUAGAAAAUGAACACAGUCACAAUAUUGGCAGGUGUCCACACAUUUGGUGCUUAGCAAUCCAAGAAAAUAAUGAGCAAAGUAGAGUUUACAGUCGUUUCUACAGUCAAAUGACAGAAGCAGCUUUGUUUUUGUUUGCAUGAAGAUGGGAUUUUAAACCACCAGUGAGAUUCAGAUACUCCACCAAACAGAUUAUAUCAAAAUGGACCAUUGUUUGAAUACCGGUACUGACAUUUCACAAGUUUUCACAGACAAUCAGGUCUAGGCUUAGGUCCUGAUCUGAACCUGACCCUGUGGACCAUAACCAGACCUGUACCUUUUCUGUACCGGUACCCACCCCUAUCAUACAUAAUUAUACAUUGUCAUCUCACAUACAUGUAUAUGGUCCCUGCAGGGGCAAUCUGAUUUAUGUACACAUGUAAGUUCCUUUCUUUGGGUUAUAUCAAAACUAAAGCUGAACCUGACAGUUCAUUGUACAAUAAUCACAUGUAUCUACAUGUACAGGUAAGCUUUGGUAUUAAACUAUGUAAGAAUGAUCCAUUGACAUCAUAAUAUCAAUUGAUUUUUAUUACCUUGUUUCUUUCAAGAACUACAGGGUCAUAGGCAUGGACAGUUCAGAAAUGACAAUGACAUCAGUUUCUUCCAUCCAGUAUUCUAAAUAUUUGCACCAAGAUACUUCAGUCUGUAGACUAAAUUGUUCUGAUUAUGAAUAUUAUCAACUAGUUUGACAGAUUAAUAUUUCUUUCUCAUGUCAAAGUAAAGAAAAACUACAUCUGCAAGUGACAACACAGGUCUUUCUUAUGGCAGUUCAUCAUGGCAGAACUUUAAAUCUAGCAAAUAUCUAGCCUUCCAAAAUCACAAAAUUUAAAGUAAAAAAGUUUUAUGUUUUAUGACAAAUUAAUAUCAUUUUAUUUUUGUUACUAAGGCAUACACCUGCUAGAUGAUGACAUGCUUUUCAUCACCAUCUUUAGUCAGCCUCUGACUUUCCCAUGUUGUGUCUCCACCUUGGGACAGCAGGGUGGACGUCUCCAACCUGUCUCCGAUGCAGUCGCUCUACUCCGGGAUGUCUAUUUCCAGUUCUUAUCCUUUCUUCUCAACCAGAUGAUGAAGCUAUACUUCUUUACUUCCUCAGCAAGAUGCUUCUAGACCUUUCCUUGGAUCUGUAGAUCUCGGCAGUGCAAAGUGCAAACUGUGCCCAGGGCUCGAAAUACUGGGUGCAUGUGCACCCAAAAUUGGAGCUGUGCACCCAAUUAUUUUCUGUGGGUGCACAGGGUGCACCCAAAGAUUUUGUUGGGUUUAUGUAUGGAAAUAUAUCAAAGUGUACUAGUAUACAUCAUAUUCUUGACAUCUAAGGGUUAGGCCAUGUUGAUUUGAUUAUAUGGAUGACAUCCGCGCUCGCACCAAUUUUCGGCCAUUUAAAAAAAAAAAAAAAGUUUUCAACCACACAGUAAAUUGUGCAAAGCGGCUGUAAAAUUAGCACAUAUAUACCGUAGACUGAAGAAAAAAGUAUCAGAAAACAGAUAACUAAUGCCAAAAUAAAUCUACAGUCAAAGAAUAAGGCAACACCAAUUUUUUUUUUGUUUCUCGGAUUUCCAGACCGUUUUUCUUUUUGAUUU